UGCAUCGGACGCUCAUCAACUCAACGCGCGCGCUCUCCAUCCCACACGACGGACCCGGGCUGCUGCUUUACCCUUCUGCGACCAGCUCCGCGCUUCGAGCAGUCCAGCAACGAUUCCGCUGCUCACGUUGAUCAGCUUCUGCACUAGAGCAUCUUCAACCUCUUCAGCACACCCGUCCGCAAACGCGGCUUCUAGCGUGUACUUCUGGUUUCUUCGAGCGAGCGACAUUGCACCUGCUCAAACGGCCUAGCCCCAGCCCUGGGAGAUACACGCAUACAUAGCUUGCGCGACUGCCAUUCGAGCGUCUCGCAUCGCUACCUCCCUCUCAUACCCUCUUAGGAUUGGGUAGUAAGGAGAAGGAGACGAAGUAAAGGGGACAGCCCAGCAAACGGGUCUCAGGAGGUCAGAAGUCAUUCCGUAAAGACCAUCAUGUCUUCUUCACACACUGCCCACGGCAGUUCAAGCUCUUCCAAUGUCGUCGGUGUGCACUACCGAGUAGGCAAGAAGAUCGGCGAGGGAUCGUUCGGCGUCAUCUUCGAGGGCACUAACUUGCUCAAUAGCCAGACUGUUGCUAUCAAAUUCGAACCUCGAAAAAGCGAUGCACCACAACUGAGGGAUGAAUACAGGACAUACAAGAUACUUGCUGGCUGCCAUGGCGUUCCGCAGGUGUACUACUUUGGCCAGGAGGGCCUGCACAACAUUCUGGUCAUCGACCUCCUCGGACCGUCGCUGGAAGAUCUGUUUGACAUGUGCGGGAGAAAGUUUAGCAUCAAGACUGUCGUCAUGACUGCCAAGCAAAUGAUCACCCGCGUGCAAACGAUCCACGAAAAGAACCUCAUCUACCGCGAUAUCAAGCCAGACAACUUCCUUAUUGGCCGGCCAAUGACCAAGGGCGCGAACACGGUCCAUGUCGUUGACUUCGGCAUGGCAAAGCAGUACAGAGAUCCAAAGACGAAGCAGCAUAUCCCGUACAGGGAGAGGAAGAGUCUCAGCGGCACGGCGAGGUACAUGAGUAUCAAUACUCACUUAGGCAGGGAGCAAUCGCGGCGAGACGACUUGGAAGCGCUGGGCCAUGUCUUCAUGUAUUUCCUUCGCGGCGGGCUUCCGUGGCAGGGGCUGAAGGCUGCGACAAACAAGCAGAAAUACGAAAAGAUCGGGGAGAAGAAGCAGAGCACGCCGAUCAAGGAGCUAUGCGAAGGAUUCCCAGAAGAGUUUGGCAUUUACCUCAACUAUGUCCGCAAGCUUGGGUUCGAGGAGACACCUGACUACGACUUCCUGCGCGAGCUCUUCACCAAGGUUCUCAAAUCCUCCGGCGAGCUCGACGACGGCGUGUAUGACUGGAUGAUGCUCAACGGCGGCAAAGGCUGGGAGGCCGGAACGCACAAGGACCGCAGAGACGACCGCGAGCAGCGCCGACAUGAUCCACGCGCUUCCCAGCUCGUCCACCACGGCGCUGGUGCGGCAGCUGGCGCAGGUGGCACCGCAGACCAGCGACAGCAGCUUCAUCCGACACAGGUGCAGGCCGGCGUCAGCGUGCAGCCCUCAUCAUCACAGCGCAAGUCCGCUCAGCAGUUUCGCGCAAGCCAUGGCGACCUCGCGCACGCUGCUUCCUACGGUAACGGCACUGGUGGCGGAGCAGCUGCGAGCAACAUUGCCCUGCACGACACGACGAUCACCGGCUUGCCCAGCCUGAGCCCCGGUGCACGCGAGCACAGUCACCACCGUGGCGCCGGCGCACUGACACCGAACGGCGUUGGCGGGAUGAGCGGGAUGCAGCAGAGCAGCACUGGCGGCAUCGAAGGCGGCCGGCGAAUCGACGGCCGCGGACCUGUCAGCGCAGUCGGUAUGAAUGGCGAGACUGGCGGCGUGUCGCACCCGGCGGAACGCGCUGGAUUCGGCACCAAACUCCUCCGCGUGCUCACGUGCCGGUGCGGUUGA